AUGGCACCCAAGCUCAACGACCCGUCACUGCUCAAGCUCGACGUCUGCUUCAUCAAUGGGCAAUGGAGGCCCGCCAAGUCGGGAAAGACGUUCAAGGUCAAUGACCCGUCCACCGGAAAUCUCAUUGGCACCUGCGCCGAAUGCGAUGCCCAAGAUACCAAGUCAGCCAUCCGCGCCGCCGCCGACGCCUUCACCAGCUUUCGCACGACGACGGGCCGCGAGCGGUCCAAGCUGCUGCGCAAGUGGUACGACCUCGUCACCGCCAACGCCGACGACAUUGCCAAGCUCAUCACCUGGGAGAACGGCAAGCCGUUUGCCGAUGCAAAGGGCGAGGUCGCCUAUGCCGCCAACUUCUUCGAGUGGUUCAGCGAGGAGGCGCCGCGGGCCUACGGCGACGUCAUCCCCGCCACGGUGCCGGGUAACCGGGUGUGGACGUUUAAGGAGCCGGUGGGCGUUUGCGGGCUCAUCACUCCAUGGAACUUUCCCGCCGCCAUGAUCACGAGGAAAAUUGGGCCUGCGCUCGCCGCCGGCUGCACCGUCGUCUGCAAGGCUCCAGGAGAGACGCCCAUGACGGUGCUGGCCCUCGCCGAGCUCGCCCACCGCGCCGGCAUUCCGCAGGGCGUCGUCAACGUCGUCACCACCCUGUCCAACACGGCAGAUGUCGGUGAGGUGCUCACCACCGAUGCCACGGUCAAAAAGGUCUCGUUUACCGGUUCCACUGGCGUCGGCAAGCUCCUCAUGAGGCAGUCGUCCGGGACGCUGAAGAAGCUGUCCAUGGAGCUCGGCGGCAACGCCCCCCUGAUUGUCUUUGACGACGCCGACAUGGACGUGGCCGUGGCGGGCGCCGUCGCCUCCAAGUUUCGCUCGUCGGGCCAGACGUGCGUCUGCGCCAACCGCAUCUACGUCCAGGCCGGCAUCUACGACGAGUUUGUCGCCAAGUUUGCCGAAAAGGUCUCGGCCUUCAAGGUCAUGGCCCACAUCAAAGACGCCCAGAGCAAGGGCGGCAAGCUCCUGGUGGGCGGCCAGGCGAUGCCCGAUCUUGGCGCCAACUUUAUGCAGCCCACCGUGAUUCGCGAUGCGACGCCCGAGAUGGCCAUUGCCACCGAGGAGACGUUUGGGCCUGUGGCGGCGCUCUUCCCCUUCAAGACGGAGGCCGAGGUUGUGGAAAUGGCCAACCGCACCGAGGUCGGCCUCGCAGGGUACUUUUUCUCACGCGACCUACACCGCGUACACCGCGUGGCCGAGGCCCUCGAGGUGGGCAUGAUUGGCGUCAACACGGGCAUCAUCUCGGAUACAGCCGCGCCGUUCGGCGGCGUCAAGGAGAGCGGCUUCGGCAGGGAGGGAUCCAAGUAUGGCCUGGCCGAGUAUCAGAACAUCAAGACAAUCACCUACGGCGGCAUGGGCCAGCCGCUGCAGAGCUGA